CGAGACAUCUUUACCUCCUUCCACAUCAUCGACCUCGUUGAGUGGCCAGUAUGGCGCAAUGGGGUCAAGGCUUUCAAGUCCCCCUUCAAACCGGCUUUAAUCCCCAGCAACAGCAGCAAUUUCAACAGGGAUUCCAGCCAGGGUUCCAGCCAGGUGGUAUCGCACCGCAGCCAACAGGAUUCCCCGGCCAGCGGCCUUCUGGUUUCCAGCAGCCUCAGCCGACAGGCUUCCCGGGAGGCCAGCAGCCUCAACCAACUGGCUUUGGCUUACAACCUAGCGGGCUGCUGCCACAGCAGACGGGCUUCCAACCGCUACGUGCGCAGUCGACCGGCUUUCAGCCCAACGCUUUGCAGCAGCGAGCUCCUCCUCCACCUCCCCCUGUCCCCCCGAUCCCUCAACAGUUUCAGCAGAAUGUGCAACCAACAGGCAUGCUUGGCUUGCAGGCUCCGACGCGGAGUUUUCUGAGCCCGUCGCCAGGCCCGCUGACAGCACAGCCGACCGGAUUCGCUGGCGGGCUGCAGCCCUUGGUGCCGCAGAUGACGGGCUUCAUUGAUCCGCGCCUACAGAUGAUGUCCAGCACGUUCUUGCCUGCGAACCCUUCUGCACCGUACAAUGCCGCUGGCGCGCCUCAGCUCCAACAGCCCCAGGGCGGAUUCUCGCUGCAACAAUCAUUCCAGCAGCACAACCAGCAGCAACGUGGAAAUUCGACACCUAGGGUUCCGUGGGCGUUAUCCAAAGCAGAGAAGAAGAGCUAUGAUCAAAUCUUCCGCGCCUGGGACACCCGUAACGAGGGCUUUAUCAACGGUCAGACAGCAUUGGAGGUCUUUGGCCAAAGUGGUAUCGAUAGGAAUGACCUGGCUAAGAUAUGGGCACUCGCGGACGCAGACAAUCGCGGAAAGCUCAAUCUCGCUGAGUUCCACGUGGCAAUGGGUAUGAUCUAUCGCCGCCUCAACGGCAACGAUAUCCCCGACGAACUGCCCCCUGAGCUUGUGCCGCCCUCGCACCGCGACCUUGACAAUUCAGUUACGUUCCUGAAAGAUAUCCUCAAGAAUGAUACACGUGCACGUUCUCCUGGAAUCGAUACUCCGGUCUCUAGGCUCAAGGAACGCUCCUUCAAUAGCACGUCUGCCCCAGGGGCUGGUGGGCGCCAAGACGCAACGGUCUACAAGUACAAUGAUGAUACCCCCGCUGGCGGCUUCUACCAGCCGCGUUCUCGCCAUGUCGACCGUUCCGCCAUUCGUACUGCUAGCGACAGCAACAGCCCAUCUUCAGAUCUCUCAGAUUUGAAGCGGCAGCUCGAGAAUACGAGCAAGAUGCUCGAUCGCGGUGCCGCCGAGAAUGCUGCGAAGACUGCGGAGGACGAAGAACUUGAGCGAGAGAUGUCCGACCUGCGCUACCGCGCUAAGAGGCUCCAAGAGGACCUUGACUACGUUUCCAAGGGUCCCAGAUCAACGCGCAAGGAUGAAGAGCGUCGGAAUCUUGAGCGCGAGCUGCUCUCGCUGAUGCACGAGCGUAUUCCUGACCUCGAACGGCGUAUCGAGGACCGAGAAGAGCGGAAGAAGCGCGAAGAGCGGGAAUGGGCUCGCGAACGCGACAAGCGGAACGAUCGCUUCGGACGCUAUGAUGAUCGCGACCGCGAUGACGACCGCUACUCCUCUCGCUACGACGACCGCGACCGUGACAGGGACCGAGACUAUCGUUCCUCGUACGAUGACCGUGACAGGGACCGGGACCGCGAUUUCGAUAAAUAUCGUGAUCGCGACUACGACCGAAACAGGCCCUAUUCGCGCAACCGCGACAGAAGUCAUGAUCGUGAUUAUGGCCGUGACCGUCCUCGAAGCCCGCCUGUUUCUGUCAGAAGCCCGCCUCCACCUCCGCCUGCCGCCUCGAGCAGCACUAUCAACCGGCCGCCCCCCGCCCCUGCUCCGACCGCGUCUCCUGCACCUGCGCUGAAGCAGAUGACCCCUGAGGAGCGCAAGGCCCAUGCCAGGGCCGAGGCGCAAAAGCGCAUCCAAGAGCGCAUGGCCGCACUCGGAUUGUCUGGUACAACAUCGACGCCUAAGGUCGAUACCAGCGUCGGAGAGCGUCUCGCGAAGGAGAAGGCGGAGGCGGAGGAGAAGGCCAAGGCAGCUGAGCGAGAAGCCGAGGAGCGUGAACGUCUCCGGCAGCAACGUCUCCAGAACGAGAGGGCCAUAAAGGAAAGCUCGAGCCCGACUACUCCUACUCCACCUGUGCCUCCGACUGUCACGUCUCCUCCCGCUGCGCCCACGCCUUCAGUUGCCGCUCCAACUCCUCCUAGGCCUGCUGCUCCUCCAGCACCAAAGCCCAGGGCCCCUGCUCCGCCGCCUCCGCGUAAGGCUACUGCACCUCGUCCCCCUGUCGUCGCCCGCAUACCUUCUGUGCCAACGCCUACUCCCCCGGCGCCACCACCGGCUCCUGCUGAACCGGAAAUCGAUCCUGAGGAGGAGGCGAUUCGCGCGCGCGAGGCUGCUUUGCGUAAGGCUCGUGAGGAGCGUCUUGACAGACUUCGGAGGCUCGAAGAAGAAGAAGUCGAGGCUAACAGACGUCUCGAGGAAGAGGAGAGAGCCAGACGGUCUGCCAUCACAUCACCGCCACCUGCGCCCCCUGCAUCGGUGCGCUCGCCACCCGCUCCCGCUCCCCCAGCUGCAACGCCUGCUCCUCCUCCUCCUCCUCCUCCGCCGGCACCUCCGGCUGUAUCCAGCCCGCCAGUUCCGAUGUCGCCUCCUCUUGACAAAAACAAGACCAAUCCAUUCAGUCGCAUGAUGAUGGAGGGAUCGACCCCUACACCGGUCGCCGCCGCGGCUAACGGAGGGGCGAAUCCGUUUUUUAAACCUCAAUCUACUCUAACAUCACCUUCAGUCGCCUCUUCAGCAUCUCCGGCCCCUCCUGCUCCGUCGUACCCGCCGCCAUCUAAGAGUCCAGCCCCUCCUGCGGUCAAGACAUCGUACCACACUGCGCCUGCGGAUAGUGAGGAUGACUGGGACGUCGUCCAAGAGAAGGAAGAUGAUGACAGUAGUGAAGACGAGCUCGACUCGUCUCGCGAUACACGUAACAAGCUCGCGCAACAGCUCUUUGGCAGCAUCAUGCCGCCGUCGCGGCCGCAGUCUGCUGCACCGACUCAGUCCGUGCGGUCACAAUCUAGCACUCCCGCGCCUGCUGCUACUGCCGCACCUCCACCGCCACCUCCACCUCCGUCCGCACCACUGGCGGUCGACAUGUCCGCUGGCGGUGCACCCCCUCCUCCCCCUCCGCCCCCAGGUGCGCCGGUUCCCCCGCCUGCUGCGGCUGCCAUCGCUGUUCCUGCCCCAACUGGAGACCGCAAUGCAUUGCUGGGCGCCAUCCAGUCUGGUGCGAGGCUGCGAAAGGCACAGACCAGCGAUCGCAGCGGCGCCGCCCUAUCCGGCAAAGUUAUUGGUGAUGCUGCUCCUCCUCCGCACGUCAAUGCUGCACCUCGUGCUCCGUCACCACCUGCAAUGUCGCUUCCUGGGAUGACACCGGCGAUGGAGCAGACGGGCUCAUCGCGCUCGAACAGGGAGUCUGUCGGUUGGUUCGCGGGCCUCGCAGCUGAACAAGCAGGCGAGUCAACCCCAAUGCACGAGCGCCUUGAGUCUAUGGCCGAGGAGGACGAGCAUGAGCAGCCUGCAGCCGUACCGCAUAUCCAAGUUCAGACGUCGGAGCCUGCUCAGCAACAUGCCCAGGAGAAUGAUCUCAUGCAAGACAUUGAUAUGUCGACUGAGUUCAGUGUCCGUUCGUUGUAUGCGUACGAGGGUCAGCGCGCCGAGGAUCUGUCCUUUGGCGAAAAUCUCAUCUUGACUGCGCGUCCGUCGAAAUCGGGUGCCGACUGGUGGUAUGGUACUCUGGUUCGCGAUGGCAGGAGCGGAUUCUUCCCCAAGACCUACGUGGAUAAGAUCGAGACUACCAAGGCAAAAGCUCUGUACUCCUACGAAGGCAGCAACGCCGACGAGCUGCCUUUCGCCGAGGGAGACGAGCUCAGCAUUGUGGAUCGUUCGGAUGCAGACUGGUGGAAGGCCGAGCAAAGUGGUGUCGUGUUCAUCGUACCAGCGGCAUAUUUGGAAGUCGUAGAGGCGUCGACUGAGCAAAUUCCUCAGGAUCCGUCCAGGUUCUCGGUGCACUCGGACACAGCAUCAGUUCACAGCGAGACAGAGACGGAAGACGAAAGCUCAAACUGGGACUCCUCGGAUGACGGUGAAUCUUUCGCUGAGACAGAGUCUUCUGACGAUGAGGAACAGGAAACCACCGAGGAGCAGCGCAAGGCAGAACGUGAGGCUCGAGCGCUCGAGCGACAACGUGUCCUCGAAGCCGCGGGUCUCAUCAUCAAGUCCGACCGCAAGCCCCCGCCACGGCCGGCGCGAAAGAGGAACACCCGUAAACGACGGCCUGCGCCCGCUGUGCCCACUCACCGGCAUUCGUCAACAGCGUUGAAAGAGCUCCCUGCAUCGCUCGUGCCCGAGUCCCCGCGUCUUGACGACGCAUAUGAGCGAUACGAGGCGUACCGCCAGUCGACCACCAAUCUCAACCGGCUCUCGACCCUCUCGGCCGACUCGGCAAACUCGCUCACAGCCAGCCCAUCUAUACCGUCGUCGAUCUUGCGGACCCCAUCUGCCGCCAGCGUGGAGCACGAGGGGCGCACAUCACACUUUUUGAACUUCUUCGGACGCAAGACGCCCGCGAACGACAACGAAGAGCGUGUUAGGCCCGUCAUAUCUGCUCCUAUCUUGCAGGAGAAGGAGCCUGGGACGCCGGCGAUGGAGAAUGACUUUGGAACUUCUUGGGCAAGUCUGGUCGAUAAGUCCGCAUUGGAAGAGAUUCCGGCGAAGGAGCGGAAACGACAAGAGGCCAUCUUCGAAUUCAUCACUACCGAAGCGGCAUAUGUCCGGGAUUUGCAACUUAUCGUGGAGGUCUUCUAUACCAACUUACUACCUUUCUUAGACCGGAAGGCCACCACGGUUAUCUUUGCCAACGUAGAAGACAUCCUUUUAGUGAACACGACGUUCCUGAGCUCUCUCGAAGAGAGACAGAAAGAGUGUAGAUUGUACAUCGACAGGAUUGGUGACAUCCUUAAGACGAACAUAUCAAACAUGGGCAUAUACAUGGAAUAUUGCGUGAAUCAGGGAUACGCCAUCAAGGUCCUACAGUCGAUAAGGGAGUCGAACUCCGAUGUGGCCGCUUGUCUGCAGCGGCUCCGGGACGAUCCUGCCAUCCGGAAUCUGGAUCUGUCUAGCUAUCUGCUCGUUCCGAUGCAGCGCAUAACCCGAUACCCACUGCUCAUAAAGCAGAUCCUGCAAUAUUCUGAAGCAUCGGACGAACGCAAGCGAAUUCAAGCCUCACUCGAUAUAGCCGAGAAGCUCCUUAGCCAUAUUAAUGAGACUAUCCGCGAACAGGAAGGCCGCGAACGCCUACGCCAAAUUUCGCGCAACCUCUGGAUUGGUGAAGGACGACUGGAUUUGACGGCUCCGACAAGGACAAUGGGUCCGCGCAAGCUACUGCGUGAAGGACUGCUGAUGAAGGCCAAGAGCGGACGGCGUCUCCGGGGCUUCCUUUGCAGCGAUAUCUUGGUACUCACCGAUGAAGGGGCCAAGUCAUUAUAUCGUACGCCAAUACCUCUAUCUGAGGCACAGGUCAAGGAGGUACCUGGGGGUAGAGACGACCUCACGUUCCAGCUUGUGCUUGCGUACCCCCGCGGCGGCGACAAGAUCAACCUCAAAGCUACGUCCGCGCGCGACUGCCAACUGUGGAUGCAGGCUAUCGAGAGCGCAAGCCAACAGUGCAGACAGGCAGGGAUCCGGGCGGCGAAACGCAAAUAAUCUGCUGCCUGCUAGUCAAACCUUUUUACAUUCAUUUAUUGGGUUCUCGGAAAUUUCUCUCUCUAUGCUCGUUCCAACGGACAUUUGCUCGCUGCCUCCCCCCGGAGUAGUAUUAUCUGCCCACGUUCUAAUGUCUUCGCCAUUCCUAGCGUCGUUCCCUACCUACAUUUCUAUCCUGCACACGGACUCGAAUAAACUCAAGAAUUAGACCAGUUGCAUUAGAUUUGCCGCUCUGGGAUAUUCGUACGACUGGAGGUAACAGGCAUAGCCAACUUUCCGCUCGUCUUCCAAACCAUUGCCCACCGCGCCUCCUACGUAAAGUGCACAGUGUUACCCGUGAUAUCUAUCUGCCCAACAUACAUCUGGCGCGUGUCCGACGUUGUGCCUAGGUCAGCGUGGAACACGACGUUGACGCCGCCCGGCCCAACGGUGAGGCCGCCGGGGGAGAACAGUUGCGAAAACGGCGUGCCCGUCUGCAGCAGCGGCGCGUUCGGAGCCUGCGCCUUGGUGUACGGGCCUGUGAUACUGGUGGCAGUGGCGUACGAGGUAUCAUAGUCCGGGCCAGAGAAGCAGUUCGAGCUGAAAAAGAGUACGUAAACGCCGUUCUUCUUCACGAGCGAGGGUGCUUCUACGAGAGGCCCGUCGGCGUCGUCGCGGUCGAGGACUGUUAUGGUGGCAGGGUCAGAU